UACAUGGCGCAGACGCCUGGACAUGGCGUGGGUGGUGGGCGUCCGCAGGGACACGUUGAGCACAAUGACGCAAUUCAUGACAAUGAGUGUGGCGACAACCAUGACGAAAAUAAGGAACCUGAGGAGACCGGAAUGAGUGAUGUCACUGCUCCCCUUCCCAGCUAUGGAAGGUGCUGUGCACCCUCUGACCUCACAAACACUUCUCCCCUCACGGGGUGGUUACGCCCUCCAGUUGCGCUCCCUCAGCAACUACAGACACGUCGCCCAGCCUUUCUCCCUUCCAUCACCUUUGGCGGCCAUGAAGGGGACCCCCAGCUCCCUGGACACCCUCAUGUGGGUCUACCACUUCCACAGCUCCACCGAGGUAAGGCUACGCCCACCGAGGGCGGCACCUCGAGACCCAAUGGGUAUAGUUCUCCUGCGCGUCCCCAUCCCCGUGACUACUGCCCUGUUCCUCCUCCAGGUGGCCCUCCAGCCCCCGCUUAUGUCUUCCCUGGAACUCUCCGUGGCCGCAGCCCAUGAGUAUCUGGAACAGAGGUUCAGAGCGCUGAAGUCCCUGGAGCCACGGGAGCCAAAGGUGCAGGAGAUGUCACCUGCCCCAAAGCCCACCCUGGGGCUGGUGUUAAGAGAAGCCGCGACCAGCCUCGUCAGCUUCGGCGCCACUUUGUUAGAGAUCUCAGCCCUGUGGCUGCAGCAGGAGGCGCGGCGACUAGAAGGCGGCGACAGCAGCACGGGCCCAGCCCUAGACGUCGGGGAUCCGAGUGCAGCGCUGGCCCAAAUAGCCCAGGCCGCUGGGCAGGGAGCUUGGCAAGCUGGGGCUGCAGUGGGUGCCGUGACACGGCUCCUCGUCCAGGGAGCAUGGCUAUGCCUAUGUGGACGGGGUGUGGAGGGGUCUGCCUCAUUCCUGCCACAGUGGCAACAGCAGCUGGGCCUCAGAAUCCCCAGAGAACCGAGAUACUCAGGAGACCUCCAGGUGAUGUCCAGCAGCAGUGCAGAGGACGGCGGACCAGAGAAUCCAUCCCAGUCCCAGCCCCAUCCCGCGUCCAAAUAAAGCUCAGGAGGGGGCGAGACAGCCAGAGUUUCUCCCCAGGUCUCAGGGUUUUGCCACGCCCCACCCAGCCAGCCCUUGGCCCCACCCUUCAGACGGCCACGCCCGUGCCAGGGGCACCACGUGGACCCGCUUAGCCCUCACCUGCCUAGCAGCGGCACGCUCAGAGAAGUCUCUGGGAUUUUCUGGGCAAUGAGGAACAAGAAGACGGUCUGGGCGAGCAGGACGUUGAUGGAAACUGUGCAUUUCUGGCCACCGGCUGGAGGGAUCGCCAGUGAGAGCGGGCCCCACCUCCAGGAGCUAGCCCGGGUUUGGGUGUGGGUUCGGGGCUACUGCUUACCCUGCGCAGGCAGGAAGUAGGCGAGCAGCACCAGGCCCGAGAUGAGCACGCAGGGCACGAUAAUGUUAAUGACGUAGAAGAGCGGCUUCCGUCGGAUGAUAAGCGAGUAGAUGACGUCAGUCUCCCCUGAGCCAUCGGUGGCGCCAACGUCAUGACGGCGGAUCAUCCCCGGGCAGAAGUCGAUGGCCCACUCACCGUUCUCUGUGGGACAGGGUCGCGGUCAGCCGGAGCGGGGCACCCGCCAAGCCGACAGCAGGCUGAGGCGGCGGCUGCGGCUGUCUGCGCCAGGGUCAUGGGCCGUCAGGAUGGGGGCAAUUCAGGCGGAAAGGGGCAGUCGGUGAGGGUACAGAAAGUGAAAAGGCAGGACUAGAGUAACAGUGGAGAAUGAUUUCGGAGUCCAGGCCCGGUAUUUCACGCCUGUAAUCCCAGCACUUUGGGAAGCCAAGGU